AUGAUUUUCCGACAAAACAAAUAUUGGCAACUUCUGAUGACAGUGGCAUAUUUGGCAUUAAUACGCCUCGUUCUACUUUUUCAAUCUUCGUUAUUUUCUCUCGAUAAUCUGAUUUUUUUAAGAUUGUCGAAAAGGUUUUUGAUCAAAAGCGAAGAAUCUAGGGAAUCGGGUCUUUUGGUUUGGAUUCAGAUUUGCGAUUUAAAAGAAAUGGGCAUCGCAGGAUCACAUCCACAUCUUUAUCAUCAAUCCAUGAACGGUUCAAAGAAAUAUCGUCAUAUUCUUUGUCGUCAUGGUGUACCGAAAAAGUAUUCACUGUCAGCCCAUUUAUCUUACAAGCCUUGUACGGAAGAAAAAUUCUUUCCACCACCUAUUUUGCAUACUAAGUUUCAUGAAUUGAACCUUAAUUGUUCAUUCAUAAGUAUUUUUAACACUGCUGAUAUAAACCAGAUAUUAAGCCAGAACUCUUUACCGUUGAAGGGUGAUAAAAGAAGAAAAUGUUCUCCGUUCCGGGAACUCCCUGACACUUCGACGCGUAAACGCAAGAAAAUUUCCUUUCCGGUUUCGAGUUCCUGUCGGAAAUUUUCAUCUCCAAAUUCGCUUGAUCGGAAAAUCGGCACCAGAGUUUUACCAACUUCGAGUGUAUCAUCAGGAGUUGAUUCUGUUUCGGAAGAGGAUUCAGAAGUAGAUGUCGAGGAAGAAGAUAAGAAUGAACAAUGUGAUAAAGAAGUUAAUUCAAAACAUGAAAAUGAAACCUCUGAGUCAAUUAACAAACAGGCUGCUGAAACAGAUCAUAUCGCCGAAACAGAUUUGCACAUUCCUCGUUGUUCCCUAGAUUCUGGUGCAAGUUUUGAUGAAGAGGAUUCCAAAAAUGCAAUUUUCGCUGGCAGUUCUGCUGGCAAAAAUUUCGAGACCGUAUUUGAAGAAGAGAGAAGCGAUGACAGCCUAACUACUGACAAGUCACAAGGAAUGUAUUCUAGGAAGAAGUUAUCCAAACGUAAGAAGAAUCGGAAGUUUUCAUUAGUGAAAUCUUUUCGGAAAAUGAGUAAACGAGCCAUUUCAUUACCAUCCGCAUACAUGGCGAGCUCUUCAAAAACCGAGGCGCCACCUUCUCGAGUGUUCGGUAGCACAUAUCUGAAUCGGGAAUGGGAGAUUGUGACAGUGCAAGAGAUGUGCCAACGGAUGUCGUUAGAUCAGCUAGACAAAGUUGUCCUGCCUCUUCCGGAUGGUGCCACUUUUUCGCAAAUUCUUGAUGAAACUAUGAUUAGGCAGAUGGUAGACGUGCUUCCGGCCCGUGCUGCAGGCUAUCCAUGGAUCAACAUUUAUAAUUCUGAAAAGCAUGGCUUUUCAUUACAUACUUUUUAUAGGAAAAUGAUCGACUGGGACGAAGAAAUGUCACCCAUACUGUUGAUAAUUCGUGAUUGUGAGAAAAAUGUCUUCGGUGCAGUAGUUAGUACUACAGUGCGUCCAUGCGAACACUUUUUUGGGACCGGUGAUUCAUGUUUCCUUUACAAAUAUGUGAACGACCUCGAGUUGAACAAAAAAGUGCUUCGUAUUUAUUCAUGGAGUGGUUUAAAUCAAUUCUUCGUGAAAGCAAGCAUGGAUUCACUAUCGAUUGGUGCCAGUGGUGGUCAUUAUGGGCUAUGGUUGGAUGCGGAUUUGAAUCACGGUUGUACACAAGCCUGUGAAACGUUUCAGAACGAACCGUUAGCUGGUGAGAGCGAAGAUUUCGCUAUACAGUUUGUCGAAGCUUACGGUUUUCGUAUGGAAUAA